UUCUUGUGGUAAUCCUAACAUCAAAGAAUUAUUUUCAGAUUUUAUUUAAAAUCAUAAAUGUAUUUGAUGAUGAGUGCUCAUCUGAUAGGAUUGUGUUAAAUUCCCUUCAUUUGAACCCCGAUGGUGCAGGCUGUCGUGUAACGCAUUUUCUGUAUUUUGAGCGUGAUGCUCAGUUUGCUGUAGGUAUUCAGGAUGAGUGGGUCAGUAUUAAGACAUAUUCUGCGGCGUUCAUGUAGAGUCAGGCGGCUAAUAACUCUAAUUGGAGCAGCGUCUUUACUUAUCUGGCUUGUGUUUUUGGUGGUUGGAGGAGAUAACCCAACAUUUUUGUUUGGGUCACACCAGGCAAUAGUUCAUCGUGCAACGCCUCAUACGAAUGGAAACCCCGCGGGCAAUGGACGUAGAGUUUUCUCUCAAGGUUUGGAUGAUUUGAUGCCGUCUCCUCUUCUAAGAAGAGGUCCGGUCCCUAAUGUACUCGAUUUUGGAGAAGCUAAACCUGACGACGAAAAUGUGGCCCGAGAAGUGAUUGACGCUAGAGAUAACGCCGAACUCAAGUCAGACAACAAAAUAAAAUUAGACGACAAUGCUGCCAGAGAAGAGCAUUCUGGUGAAGCAUUAGUUUUGCGAGAGAAGAACACUUUACAAGGAUUUGUGAGGAACAACGUAACUAAUGAGAACUUGAAUGCUGCUCAUGAUGAACAAGAAUAUAGCUUUCACCAACUCCCUGAGCACCAGAAAGAUACUCCCGAAGAGAAGUACGGCGCUUACAAUAACUGGAGGAACCUAACCACAACCGAGAUCAAUCGUUUGUCAGUGCUUGGUCGCCGCAUGUUCUUGAACGAAAAAAUUGGUCAAGAACAAGACAGGAUUUUCACAAUACAUAUUUGGAAGUAUGUAAAGCAUAUUGAAAAGAGAUUAUUGAAGAAAGGGUCUUCUGUGAAUUUUGACCCGCUUGAAGAUUGUUCUGUUAGCAACUGUAGAGUGACUACGGAAGAUGGCGAUGUCGAAGCUGCUGAUAUCGUGCUGUUCCAUUUGCACAGAAUCAAAGGUCCUCCAGUUGACGUCCCUAGAGCUCCUGGACAGAUUUGGGUGUGGAUGUCCGACGAGAGCCCAUACAAUGUUUUUAUGGUAUCGAGUAAUCGCGUACUGAGCAAUUAUAAUGGAUUUUUCAAUUGGUCAAUGACCUACCGAAUGGAUUCGAAUGUGCCAGUGCCAUACGGACGAACUGUUCCUCUACCUAAGGAUCAAUAUUUAGAUAAAAUAGAUGAUUACUACAAAAUUAAGCAAAAAAAUAUCAGCAUAUUAGGCUCUAAUUGCGGUGGCAUCAAUGGAAGGUACAAGUAUAUUGCCGAGUUGCAGAAAUACAUCGAAGUUGACGUGUACGGAGGGUGUGGGCCACUCAAAUGUCCGGGUCAUUUUCACAACGACUGCGACAAGUUAAAUGAUUACAAGUUCUACUUGGCGUUCGAAAACUCAAACUGCGAUGGCUACAUAACCGAGAAGGUGUGGUGGAAUGCACUUAACAAAGCUGCUGUUCCUGUGGUGAUGGGGCCUCCUAAGCGAGACUAUGAGAAGCUUCUUCCUCCGAAAUCCUUUAUUCAUGUGGACGACUUCAAAAAUCCGGAGGACCUUGCGCGAUAUCUGACGUACCUUUUAAACAACCCUGCCGAGUAUCAGAAGUACCACGAUUGGAGAAGACGAUACCGGGUACUCAACGAGCACGGGUACUUCCAGUCGCCGGUGUACCACAUUUGCAGACUCUGUGAGGCUCUCAACUACAACGACAAGAAAGAUCAGCGGGCUGACUUGGAGCAUUUCUUUGACAGAGAUAGCCAUUGUUAUCCGGGCCAGCAUUGGAGCUAGAAGAACCUCAUUUGCUGCCUAAAUACUUCCCAAUCUUUUCAUAUCUAUUAUGGUAAUUGCAAUGACAGCUUUGAGAAAACGCACCUGUUUUCUAACGAUACUUAGACUUACUUCACUUCCUCUCCUAAAUUACUAAAUAAUUUACUUCUAAAGUUGGUGUGAAAAACAUAUUUAGACCAUCAUAGACUACCUUCAAACUGUCAUGGACAUAUUCUAUGCAAGAAAAUUUUUCUACAUAUUAUGUGGACAUUAAUUUAGUCUUAAUUAAAUUAA